AUGACCACCAAACCCACAUCCACAGAAAAGAAAAAAACAACAUCUAAAACCACCACUAUAAAGGAAUCUGAUCCUACAAGCAAAGCCCAAUUUACCUAUGAAACGAAGUCUACUUCAAGUUACAACGCAGAAUCCACGACAACCAAAACCACAACUACACAGAAAGCAGAAACUACAAGUGAAUCCACAAGUGAAUCCACGUCUACACACAAGACUGAAUCCACAAGUGAAACCAAAUCUCAAUCAACAUCCAAAGAGCCUUCAAAAGCAUCUGCAACGACAACAACUACAAGCCAUACCAAGACCUCAGACGACUCUGUAACCGCUCACAAAACCACGUCCACAACCAAACCCCUGACAACACUGAUAACCGAGUCCAUAACAAGCGUCGGACUGUCGACCUUAACAAAUACAGCCACAUGGGCAAUAAGUAUCUACCAAGACUGGAAUUGUAGAGGAGAGUACGGUCGCUUCGUGCUUCACGGCAACGUGUUAGCAAAUUCGAAAUGCCUUGUCCUGCAUGGUGGCCUCAGCGAGGUAAUCUCAGGAACUGAUGCAUCCUGCGAAUAUUAUGCGGAUCCUGACGCGGCCGCAGAGGUCUGCGACUUAGGUACAGAAUGGGGAGUUGCAUCGUGGGAGUUAGAAGGAGCUGAUUGUGAUGUAUAUUCAUCAACCUGUGUAUCAGGUGCUGAUGUUGUUCCGUUGACGACGCCCACUACCACCUGUAGUGACCUAACAUGGGGUGAUCCUCACCUUUGGAUGACAUGGGGUGCGUUCCAAUGCACCUUAAAUUGA